AUGGCACCCUCCAAACCAGCCCCAAUAGCCAUUGUAGGCGGCGGACCCUGCGGCCUAACAUUCGCACGACUCCUCGAACGCGCCGAAAUUGAUUAUACAGUCUUUGAACGCGAUGAAGGUCCCGAAACAACAACUCGUUUCCAAGGUGGAACGCUAGACCUUACAGUCGAAGGCGGGCAAGCAGCCCUCAAACUCGCAGGUCUAUCGUCUGGCUUUGAGAAGCUGGCUCGUCGAGACGCGACGACGAUCUUGAUGCAGGAUUCGCAAGGACAGAAUCGCAUUUCUGCUGGCGAGGGCAAUGAUCGUCCCGAAAUUGAUCGGUUGCAGUUGCGCAAAUUGUUGUUGGGUUCUAUUCCUGAGAAUCGAGUGAGAUGGGGUAAGGUGCUUGGUAGUGUUGAGCGUGGACUGUCGUCUGGGGGUGAUGGUCCUGCCUCGGCGGCGGAUUGGAUACUCCGUUUCAACGAUGGAUCGAGUGAGAGCGGAUUCAGACUUAUUGUUGGGUCUGAUGGGGCGUGGAGUAAGGUGCGACAAUUGAUCACUCCUGCGAAGCCCCAGUACUCGGGCAAGAUGUUCAUCGAGGGCCGGAUAUCACAAGACAAUCCGCAAUACGGCGCUGCGCUCGAGAUGGUCGGUGCCGGGAACUCGAUUGCCAUGGGUGCUGGUCUAGCAUUGUGUGUCCAGCAAAUGUCUGACCGGUCGUACCGCGUGUACAUGGGCGUUGAGACACCCGAGACAUUCACACAACCUGGUGGUGAGGCUGAUGUGAACGAUAUGGCCAAGGCGCGGGAAACGAUGAACAGACUUUAUGCGAACUGGGCUCCGCACCUUCGGGCCUUUGUGGCGGAUGCUGAAGGACCCUGGCGUCCUUGGCCUCUUUAUCGACUCGACAAGGACCUCUUCUUGCCUGCCGCGUUGAGACACGGAGAGAUGGGCGAGAAGUUUUGGACCCGCACGCCGGGGGUUGUGGUACUCGGCGAUGCAGCGCAUGUGACGACACCGAAUGGAGAGGGUGUGAACCAUGCUAUGAUGGAUGCUAAGGUGCUGUUCGAGCACAUCAUGACUGAGUUGGGUGGUAAAGGCGACGGGUAUUAUGCACAGGAUGAUGCUGCGGCAUUGGAGCGUGCCAUUGUUGCUUAUGAAGCUGACAUGCGCCCCCGGGCGUAUGAAAGUAUUCUGGAUAGUUUGAGUUUUGAAAACGUGAUGUAUAAGGAAGAUGGUGUGUUGCAAAUUAUGACGAUGUUUGGGGAGUGA